GCUUGUGUAUGUUUCCGGCGGGGGGAGGCAGGUUGGUUCUGCAUCGCCCUAGAGGGCAGGAGGGGCUUCAGGCAGGUAACAGCGAGGAAAAGCUGUACAACCGGAUCCUGGGAAGGUUUACUCACAACCACAAAAAUAAGGGUAUCUGAACACAGUAGGAUGCAACCCAAGAGAAAGGGAAGGUGAUGGAAGAAGGACCUGGAAUAGGCAAGAGAUCAAGGGAAAGUGCCCAACCCACCCAGGUUGGAAGUGGUGUUGAAUCCUGGGAAAGAGCUGUGCCAGGGAUCCUGUCACAGGACACGAUGAGUGCAGAUGGACGCAACCGAUGCUUCCGACAGUUCCGCUACCAUGAGGCUGAUGGACCCCGAGGUGUUUGCAGCCAACUCCAUGCACUUUGCAAUCACUGGCUGGAGCCCGAGAGGCACACCAAGAAGCAGAUCGUGGACCGGGUGAUCAUGGAGCAGUUCCUGGCCAUCCUUCCCCAGGAAAUGCAGUGCUGGGUGACAGAAUGUGAGCCAGAGACCAGUUCGCAAGCGGUGGCCCUGGCCGAAGGUUUCCUUCUGAGUCAGGCUGAGGAGAAGAGGCAGGCAGAGCAGAUUUGGGGACCAGCUGUGAAGAUGGAAGCAAAGCUCUCUAAGGCAGGAGGAGAUCCAUUCGAGGAAAGUCAGAGGGCAAAGACCCAGAAGUGUGCCCUGGGUGGCCUGUCAAAUGGUUGUGAAGAGAUGUUGUCAAGCCAUCAUCUUUACAGUGGAGCACAAAUGUCUCCCCCUCUGGCCCAGUCUCCCUUGUCCUUUGAGGAGGUGGCCGUGUAUUUCACCGAAGUUGAGUGGGGCCUGCUGAAUCCAGGUCAAAAAACUCUUUAUACGGAAGUCAUGGCGGAGAAUUAUGGAAAUGUGGCCUCUCUGGAAGCCAGGAAUGGAAGAGAGACUACAGUGGAGAGCAAUGGACACUUUGUGUCCAAAGAAUGGCUGGAGAGUUUCUCAGGAAGAUCUCAGGAGACUCUUUCUUUUCCACAUGAGCUGCCUGCCACAGCAGAUGCAGAGGAGACAGCUGGGGAAUUCCAGGGAUUCUCUUUGGAAAAUGCCAAGAAUGAAGAUGCUGAAGGAAAGUUGGGAGAUGGAGAUGUAGCACAGAGGCAGGAGCAAAGCCAUGCAGGAGAUGAUCAGUGGGCUGAGGAGGAUGAGGAACAGCAUCUUUUAUCACCAGAUGAAAUCCAGAAUGAAGAUAUGAGGGGAAAUGUCAGGAAUCACGUAAGACCUAAGAGGCAGAAAGUCAGCCAUGUGGUCAAGAAGAGGAGUAAACCCAUUCCUCGCCAAGGGGGGGAUUUCCAAGAGGUUGUGCACAUGUUGGAAGAAACAGUCAAUGGCUUGGAGUGCGGAAAGAACAUUUUAGGUCAAACACAAUGUAACGUCCAUUUAGAAAUGCAUAGUGGAAAUAGCACCCAUCAAUCCCUGGAGAGUGGAGAGACCAUGAUUCACAGAGCAGACCUUUGUAAACAUCAAAGAUCACAUAUAGGAGAGAACCUUUAUAGGUACUCAGACUGUGCCAAGAGCUUUUCAGAGAAAUCAGACCUUGACAAACACCAAAGCACACAUUCAACAGAGAAGCAAUUUAUCUACUCAGAGACUGGAAUGGCAUUCUCUGAUGGAAGAAAGCAUAAUGUACACUUCCCAAAACCCAGUAUAAUGAAGGCGCAUAAAUGUUUUCAGUGUGGAAAGUACUUCAGAAACAGAUCACAUCUCAUUGUGCACCAAAAGAUCCACAGAGAGGAGAAACUGUUUGAACUUUCAGAGUGUGGGAAAAGAUUCAAUCAUAGCAACAGUUUACAACAGCAUAGACAAACCCACGCACGGGAGAAGCCUUUUGAAUGCUCAGAGUGUGGAAAGAGAUUCAUCUGGCAUGGCCAUCUUAAAGAGCAUCAACAAACUCACACAGGAGAGAAGCCCUUUGAAAGCUCAGAGUGUGGGAAGAGAUUAAUUCGCAGUACCAUUUUUCAAAAACAUCUUAAAAUCCACACAGGGGAGAAGCUGUUUGAAUGUUCAGAGUGUGGGAAGAAAUUCCGUCGAAGUGACAGUCUUCAAGAGCAUCAACGAACCCACACAGGGGAGAAGCCCUUUGAAUGCUCACUGUGUGGGAACACAUUCACUCAGAGAAGCCAUUUAUAUCAUCACCUAAGAAUCCACACAGGGGAGAAGCCUUUUGAAUGCUUUGAGUGUGGGAGGAUGUUCAGUCGAAGUGACAGUCUUCAGCACCAUCAGUGGACCCACGCAGGGGAGAAGCCCUUUGAAUGCUCAGAGUGUGGGAAGAGAUUCAUGCAAAGGGGCACUCUUCAGAAUCAUCAAAGAACCCACACAGGGGAGAAUCCCUUUGAAUGGUCAGAGUGUGGAAAGAGAUUCAUGCACAUUGGCACUCUUCAGAAGCAUCAACGAAUUCACACAAGGGAGAAGCCCUUUGAAUGCUCAGAGUGUGGGAGGAGAUUCGUGCACAGGGGCACUCUUCAACAGCAUCAGCGAACCCACACAGGGGAGAAGCCCUUUGAAUGCUCAGAGUGUGGGAAGAAAUUCAUGUACAGUGGCGCUCUUCAGAAGCAUCAACGAACCCACACAGGGGAGAAGCCUUUUGAAUGCUCAGAAUGUGGGAAGAGAUUCAAUCGGAGUAGUUCUCUUCAACAGCAUCAACAAACCCACACAGGGGAGAGGCCGUUUGAAUGCUCAGAAUGUGGGAAGAGAUUCAGUCGGAAAGGCACACUUCAACAACAUCAACAAACCCACUCAGUGGAGAAACCAUUUCAAUGCUCAGAGUGUGGGAAGACAUUCACUCGGUGUGCCAAUCUUCGAGGACAUCAAAAAACCCAUACAGGGGAGAAGCCCUUUGAAUGCUUAGAGUGUGGGAAGAAAUUUUUUUCAAGUGGUACUCUUCAAAAGCAUCAACGAUACCACAAAGGGAAGAAACUUUUGAAUGUUUAGAGUAUGGGAAGACAUUUAUUUGGGUGGCACUCUUUAAGAUCAUCAGCGAACCUACACAAGAGAGAAGCCCUUUGAAUAUGCAGAGUGAUUCAGCUGGCGUGGUGUGCUUCAACAGCAAACCGGCACAGAACAAGGUUUUUGAAUGUUCAGAAUGUGGAAAGCUACUUAGAGUGGCAUUCUUCAACAGCAUCUAUGAACCCAUGUAGGGGAGAAGCCCUUUUGAAGGCUCAGAGUGUGUGAAGAAAUUCAGUCACAAUGAUACUAUUUAACAAUAUCUAAGAUGACAUACAGAAGAGAAGCCUGUUGAAUGCUCAGGGAGUGUGAAAACAUUCAGUUAUAGUAGCACUCUUCAUCUUCCACACAGCCUACACAGGUGAGUGUGCAAACAGAUUCAGUCAGAGUGGCACUCUUCAACAACAUCAAAGGGGGGAGGAGCUCAAGAUGGCGACGGAGAAGCUCCUCUCCCCUUCCUUAUUUUUCUGGCUGCUUUGAGGUACAUUAUCCACUCAAUUCACAGAACUAAGUUUUGGAUAAGGCUGUCGAACAAGGGGAGUAAUUAAUUAUCUUGAGGUGUUUUUCUUCGUGUCCAAUUUACAGGAAAACAUCUAAACAUGCCACAGGCUCUGAAAGAGUCAGAGGACAGCUUGAAACAACAUACAACAAUGAAAGUUUCUGUUUAAUGAAGUAGUUUGUCAUAUCUUUAUGACUGUGUGGGACUAAUAGCUGCUGGUGUUUUCAUUAGGCUUCUUCUCAAGGACAUUUGUAUUGUUAGGAGUGCUUGAUCUUUCUGCCUGACGUAACUUCUACACCCAACGACUGGAAUUAUCUUCUAAACAAACUGUGUUUAACUGCAGGAGGAGCAAAAUAAAUACAAAGAUAUGUUAGUAUGUAAACACUCUUAUGAGUUUGGGGAUUUAACUUCUGCUCCAGUGUCUAAGCAAAGUAAAUUUGCCAUUACUAACAGUCCCUAUACAAUGUCUCUACUUCAAACCAGUUUGUAGCCCUAACCACCAUAUCAGAGGAUUUUAUAUAUUUAUUUAUGGAAUACCUCUACCAAUUUCUAUAUCAGCAUUCAGUUGCGUUCCAACUGAAUGCUGAUAGAAAUUGGUAGAGGCGUUCUAUAAAUAUAUAUAAAAAAAUACAAGGAAGCUGGGAAAUUUUGGCACUUCAAGCCUACUGAACCUAUGAAUGUGGCAAGACGGUCCCUUGAAGAAGGAUAGUAUAUCCAAAAUGAAAUUGGAUCGGUUCUUUUUUCUUGUUGGACUUGCUAAAAAAUCAUUCUGGACUUUGGACAGUAGCUAUGUUGUGCAGUGGAAGAUUUUUCAAUUGCAUUAGUUUAUGUAAGCUUAAGGUGUUUUGUUGUAUGUAGUUCGUAUUACACAUUGCUACUAAUUUGUAAACUGA